CUUGCGUGUGCGUCCGAGAGGGGAAUACAAAUCAAGCGCUUGCAUUGCUCCAGGGCCUGUCCUGUAAACACGCUCCGAGCCGCGGCUACACCUGGAAUGUGCCUGGUGUUUGGACAGUAGUGGAACACAAAAGGGCCGCUGAGACAAGACUUCAGCCCGGGUCUCACAAGCGAGUUGUGAAUUUUAAAUAGAAGCUAUUACUGUGAUAAUUUCUCUGGGGACACUCAACAACAGCACCGGAGGCUCUGCUGUGCUGUUGCGGUCAUCGCCUUUGAAGUUGCACGCUUGAGACCAAGUGUUCACGCGAUAACUAUUUAUUUAUUACGGGAAAAGCCUUGCGGUCGGCUCCGGCGUCUGGCAAAAAUAGGAGCUGUGAGGAGAUGGGCAGCAGCCUCUCCUCCUUCCAGUCACUGCACAUCGUGCUGCUGGGGCUGGACUCUGCGGGGAAAACCACUGUGCUCUACAGACUCAAGUUGAAUGAGUUUGUGAACACGGUGCCCACCAUCGGCUUCAACAGUGAGAAGAUCCGCCUGAACACGGCCAAAGGGCUGAGCGUGCACCUGUGGGACGUGGGCGGGCAGGAGAAACUGAGGCCCCUCUGGAAGUCCUACAGUAGAGGAGCAGACGGGAUAAUCUACGUGGUGGACUCAGUGGACGUGGAGCGGUUGGAGGAGGCGCGUGCUGAGCUACACAAGGUCACCAAACUGAGUGAGAACCAGGGCACUCCUCUGCUGGUAAUUGCCAACAAGCAGGACUUGCCCCGCAGCCUGCCGGUCAGUGACAUGGAGAGACAGCUGGCCCUUCAUGAGCUCCAUCCCCACACCUCCUACCACGUCCAGCCCGCCUGCGCCAUCAUCGGGGACGGCCUCCACGAAGGUCUGGAGCAUCUCUACCACAUGAUCCUAAAGAGGAGAAGGAGGCAGCACGGAGGCAGCACCAAGAGGAAGUGACCCAGUGACCACAGCACUGGACCCAGUGAUCACAGCACUCAACCCAAUGAUUCAAACACUGGACCCAGUGACCACAACACUGGACCUAUAGUGACCACAACACUGGACCCAGUGCCUCCGUGAAGGUCUGGAGCAACUCUACCACAUGAUCCUGAAGAGGAGGAAGAGGCAGCACCAGGAGGAAAUGACCCAGUGACCACAGCACUGGACCUUUAGUGACCACAGCACUGGACCUAUAGUGACCACAGCUCUGGGCUUACUGCACUACUACAGGACACCUGUGCGGAAAUACGCUUCUAUGAAAAAUGUGGCCUGUGUGCUGUGUGUAGACAUGUGACUCUCACCUACAGAAAGCUGAGCUGAACUUGUUGCUGCUGAGGCUGGACCUCAGUCUGUGUACUAUGUACACACACACACACACACCUGUAGACUAUACAUUGAAGCUGUCCUAUGCCUCUGUCCUCUGUCUUUGUUCCUCUACCUGUCCCCCAUCUCUCGCCCCAUGUCCCUGUCCUGUCCUUCUGAGACCUCUGGUUCUGUAGACUCACACUGAUCGCAUUAGCCUUAAAGAGUUUAUGUAAAUAACGUUGUGUGGAGCAUCAUCAUGUGCUGGA